GGAGGAAGAAGAAAGGGGAGGGGAGCCGACAUUUAAGCAGCACAACAAGGAAACUAUCCUGGCGCAGGCUUCGUUUUACGCUUUUUAAUAACAGCGCCGAGCCUUAGCGAACACGAGAGUCCAAUCGAGAACCACAGACAAAACCUCCGUCCGGACUGGAAGCUCAAACGUCCGCUUCCCGAGCUGGAGCGACUCGUUCCCGGCGCCUUCGGAGCCAUCAUGGAGGUGCCCGGUUCACCGCAGGUGGUGGAAGAUGGCGGUGAGGAGGAUGAGGAGGAGCUGAGCGGUGGCGAGGAGGCCGACCUGCGCUCCAGUACGGGCCGGGGCUCACUGCUCACACGGCGAGGCAUCACGCUACGGGUGCUUCUCAAAGAUGGCUUAGUGGAGCCUGGCGAUGGCGUGCUGGCUAUCCACUACCUGGGUAAGAACUUCAUCGGGGACCUGCUAAACGACGGCAAAAUCCGCUGGGUGGAGACGGGUCAGAUCUUCAACUCACCUAGCGCUUGGGCCACCCACUGCAAGCGUCUGGUCAACCCAGCCAAAAAGUCUGGAUGCGGCUGGGCGUCUGUACGCUACCACGGGCAGAAGCUGGCCCAGUACAAGACGACCUGGCUGCAUAAGUACCAACCCAGUGCAGAUAUGAGCCUCGUGAGUGAAGAUGACGAUGACGAGGAUGAAGAGGAAGGAAAAUCCACCAUGCAAGCUGAAGAGAAGAACAGAAACAACAAACCUGGUGGAUUACACGAUGCUUUAGCUCCAAGGAGAACGGACCGAGAAAGAAUCCCGGUCAGAUAUUGCACUCUUGGUACUAGGGACGCUUCCAGAGACCCUCACACGCUGGUGGAACUGUCGGCCUUCUCGGCCAUUAACAGGUUCCAGCCGUUCAACGUGGCAGUGUCUAGUAAUGUCCUGCUGCUCAUGGACUUCCAUUGUCACUUGACCACCAGUGAGGUGGUUGGAUACCUCGGAGGACGUUGGGACACAAAUACACAAUUGCUGACAGUCUUACGGGCGUUUCCAUGUCGAACGAGACUGGCAGACAAAGACGCUGCUUCUGCUGUCGAGGAGGAGAUUUGCCAGAACUUGUUCAUGCGCGGAUUGUCGUUGGUGGGCUGGUACCACAGUCACCCGCGAGGGCCGGCCCUGCCAUCUCUGCAGGACAUUGAUUCGCAGAUGGACCACCAACUGAGGCUGCAGGGUUCCAACAAUGGCUUCCAACCAUGUUUAGGAGUCAUCUGCGGACCGUACUAUCACGGUAAUCAAGGCGUGGCCUCCACGAUCACGCCGUUCUGGGUUGUUCCGCCACCCGAGCAAAGGCCAAACGAUUACGGCAUCCCCGUGGCUGUGGAGGUCACCUACGUCCAAGACAACUUCCUCACCAGCGACGUCCUCAACGAGAUGGUUCUGUUAGUGGAUUUUUACAAGUCCGCCCCUGAUCUCGUCCAUUUUAACCAGUACUGGUGUCCGGACACCACCAUGAUGGACAAGAUUAAGGGCUCGUUGAGUUGCCACGCCCCUAAGGACCAAGCGUACUCGCAGAUUUUGGAGCACGUCUACAGCCAGCUGAGUGGCGUGCAGUGAGAUGUACAAAUGGAGCCGUCGAUGCCGCAUUUCAUUUGCCUUCGUUGUCAUUUGGAGUCUUUGAGAACUGUUGGGGAUUCCACUGUACCUACUAGAAAAGUUCUCAAACUGUGAAAGUUUGAAGUUCAGAAUUUUUGACAUUAGGCUUAAUGUUCGAAUUAGCGGGGUUUAAUUAGUGGAGUUGAUUUCAACAAAUUCCGUGCAGUUUGUUCGUUAUCGAUUAAUUUCAAGGCUCCGGAGUGGCUAAGCUAGCGCGAGUCAAUGGUCCCUUCCGAGCAUGCCAAUGAAAAACAAUAUUAACAGAUCUAAAAUAGCCAAAUAAAUGCAAAAUUCAGAUCGUUGUUCAAAAUACCCAUUCGGCCAAAAUAAUGUCACACCAAACUGCCGUAGUUCAUUUAUUUCUGCAAGACUAUUUUUUUUAGAUGCGUAAUGCAACCACAAUAGAGAGGAGUGCUUUGGUCACUCGUGCUCAUGUUGCAUUCGAGGAAGGUGGAAAGUUGAAUUUAUCCCACUCGGAUGGUACCAGCUGUGACCUCAAAGCGUUCCAAGAGUUUUUUUUAUUUUUGCUGUCAAAAGACAUGUUGACCUCUAGCGACUAGUGUCUCCCUGUUCAAGUGGCGUUCCAAUCUUAUUUUUCCUGGUCGGAGGUUGAAAACUGACUUCCCACCUUCCCCGAAUGCAGCAUCAGUCUGCAGAGCCUUGAUUCAAGAAUGGCAACAUAGUGAAACGUGCAUUUAGAGGCUAUGAAAACAGACAGAGGAAAUGGGCAAAUGAGAGUUUCCACAAAUUCCCUAUGAAGAAAGAGGAACAAUACAAGCUGUGAAUACUUGCUGCUGGCUACGACAAACACACUAGUGGAAAAAAUAUCACUCUGCUCUGCAGCAUGAUACCUACAGAGCUGCUGGAUGACAAAGGUUGCUGUGUUCAUACUAGUUAUUGACAUGCAAUGCUAAGUUUUAAGAACUUCAUCCUGAAAACAUAGCCAACACUAUUGAUUUCAUGGGUCAUCAGUGAUUUUCAUGCGUGCAUAUGUUGUUUUUUAUUGGCAUGCUAGGACGGGCUCAUUGACUCGCGCUAGCUUAGCCAGUCAGGAGCCCUCACACUAAUUAAUAACUAACUGCACGGAAUUUGUUCAAAUCAACGCCACCGACUAAUUAAACCUCCGUUAACUCAAAGAAUAAACCUAAUGUCAAAAAUUUAAGUCCAGGGGGCAGAUUAUGAUUACACUGAGGAAUAAUUUUUAAAAAAUUCUGUUGAGUUGGAUUUUUAUGCUGAUCAAAUCUAAAAUUGGCAUGCUGAUUCCCAAAUGGCACCAUUUUUUUGGUCUCCACCAGAAAACAAGCAAAGCCUGGUGGGCCUCCAGGCUUCUAAAGGUACUGUUCAAAAAGUCAUAUCCUUUGUAAAAACACCAUUGUGUUAAACAUUGUAGUUUUGCCUGUUUCUUGCACAUUUCAUUGUAUAACAAUGUAGGAACCUUUUUGUUAAGCAUGUUAAAGUACAGUAUUUUUCACUUUUUUAAGGGAGAAUGAGGAUCCUAUAGUUUAAAAAAACCUGAAAAACAGGUCAGUUUUGGAUUCUACACUCAAAAAUGAGGUAUAAACAGCUGUCAGACCCAACUCAACAAAAUUUGUCUUCCUCAAUGUUAUAAUUUUGGGUAGGGGACAACAAAAAAACACUUUUCAUUUUUCACUUUUUACAUUCACCAUGACUUUAAAUAGACACAAAGAUGUAAAAAUCUAGCAAACAUUUUUUUUGUUGCUUUUGUUAAAAGCAGUUAAAGAUGAGCAGUUCUGCUAAUAUGCUCCAAAUUAUGCUAAUGCUAAUACAUACAGUGGGGAGAACAAGUAUUUGAACCAAUGGGUUUUCCCACUGGCAGUGUAUCAAAUACUUGUUCUCCCCACUGUAGACUUCGCUAUCAGUUGACGGGAAACGGAGCGUUCAAAAAUUGAAAUAUUUACAAAACUAAAGCCACUAGUGACCUAAAACCAAAAUAGGCCCCUCCCUUAGUUAUAUAUGAGUCAAAAAUUUCAAAGUCGUUCCCUAAUAAAAUCCAGAUAUUUUUAUAUCGCAGUAUAACAUAACUUAAAAUGGCUGUAAAAUUCUCAGAUUUUAUGCUAGAAGCACAAAAAUCACCAAAUGCAGAGAUAAUAACCUAUAUUUUCAGGAUCAAUAGCAUUAUUUAACAUAUCAUAUAACUUAUUGCCCAAAAUAGCAACUUCAAUGUUUUUUUAUUUAGUGCAAUUUUGACAUUUGAAGUUUUCAACAGGUAUAUAAAUCACUAAUUUUUCACAUCAGAAUCUUAAUACCUGAUGAAAGCAUGCAAAAUUUUCAUUUUUCUAUAUACAAUCAAUUUAUUGAAUUCCGAUGUCACUAUUGCCUCAGCACGUCUUGCCGGCUAUCUGGCCCACAUCAUUUUUAGAUUGAAAUGUUACAUAAAAUAGAACACGUAAAAGCUGAUUUUUUUUGUUUGGAUGCAGAAAAAGCAAAAACGGAUCGUUGGCCGGAAUUACCUGAUUAUUUGAAUGUAAAGUUACACUAUUAUGUAUAGAUACAAAAUCCAACGUGGCGGCCGUCACAAAACAAAGAGCUUUUUAUUUUGAAAAUUCUUGUAAAUAAUUAAGUAAAUCCCAGAAUUUCUAUAGAAAUGAACGGAAAACAGUCUAGAUUCUUGGUUGAAGGCAAAAAAAAAAAAAAAAAACCUUGGCAGUUAGCAUUCAUUUUACGUAAAUAUUUCAAGCUUAAGUUAUGCUUUUUUUCCCCAUUCAUUUGUUUUUUUCACGUUUCAAAGUGUAUGUAUGGUGCUAUUUGAUAAAAUAUUUACCUUGAAUUCUUGUCCAAAUCCCUCUCGAGACGAUCCUACCUGCUUGUAUGCACUAAAACUUUCGUGUUUCCACCUAAAUUAGGUUUUGGAACGCGGCGUAUGUUUAUCGCAGUAAAAGGCGGAGACGAUCUGCCUGGCCCUGCCCCCUACGGGACGUCGUGGCGCAAUAUCUGUAGGAGCCGUUCCGUCAACUGAUUGUGAAGUCUAUGGCUAAUAUUAUUAUUAUUUUUUUUAAAUCUUGAAAGAUAUACAUUUUGUUAAAUUAUACCCAUGCAGGGAUGUCACAUUUUUUAUCCUUUUUUAAAAUAUACAAUACCGCACUUUAUUUCAAAGACCCCCAGGUUCACAAGACACACCCCAGUUUGAGAACAUCUGUAUUAGCCUCAUAAAAAGUUUUUAAUUUAUUGAGUGCAUGCAUGAGUACAGUGAUGCCUUAAGCCUGCUGAUUGCUGAUCCACGAAACAUUUUACCAAUACACACUGGAUAUAUUUAAAAUAGCUGAUUCUUUAGUAUUUUUUUCCCCAUGAAAAUAAAUUUCACAUUCUUUUA